AUGUCUGGUAUAAUUGAGGCGUCGUCUGCGCUGCGGAAGCGGAAGCAUUUGAAGCGUGGGAUCAACUUCACCGUGAUGGUUGUGGGCCAGUCUGGGACUGGCCGGUCUACAUUUAUCAACACGCUGUGCGGACAGCAAGUCGUUGAUGUGUCUACGACUGUUCUGUUGCCCACUGACACUGCCACUGAGGUGGAGUUGCAAUUGCGGGAGGAGACCGUGGAACUUGAAGACGACGAAGGUGUGAAGAUCCAAUUGAACAUUAUUGACACGCCCGGGUUCGGGGACUCUCUAGACAACACUGCUGCCUUUGAAGUGGUCUCUGACUAUGUGAGGCACCAAUACGAUGAGAUUCUGCUCGAGGAGAGCCGUGUGCGGCGGAACCCGCGGUUCAAAGACGGGAGAGUGCACUGCUGUCUGUACUUGGUACAAGCUACGGGUCAUGGGUUAAAGGAGAUCGACGUUGAGUUUAUGAGACAGUUGGGCCCCUUAGUCAAUGUGAUCCCACUGGUAUGUAAAGCUGAUUCGUUGACCCCCGAGGAGUUGAAGUUGAACAAGCGGUUGAUCAUGGAGGACGUCGCGCGGUACGGGCUGCCGAUCUACGAUUUCCCCUUCGAUGAGGCGGACGUGACGCAGGAGGAUUACGACACGUACACUUACUUGCGGUCGAUCCUACCGUUCUCGAUCAUUGGAUCCAACGAUGUGUUUACACAGGCAGCGGACGCAGCAGCUGCAGGCGGGCCCGCCGCAGGCGAGCCCCAGCAGAUCCGUGGACGCAAGUACCCCUGGGGCACGCUCGAUGUCGAGGACACUACGAUCUCUGAUUUUGUCGUACUGCGGAACGCGCUGCUGAUCUCGCACCUGCACGACUUGAAGGACCACACGCACGAGAUACUGUACGAGCGGUACAGGACGGAGGCUCUGUCCGGAGAGGGCCCCACUAGCGGGCCCCACGGGCCCGCAGUGACCUCCCCUACUGCUACUGGGGCCACCGGCAGAAGUUACUCCCGCGUAGCGGGAGCCACGACGACGCCCAGCGCAGCGUCAACCCCCCGCGGCGAGCCGGGGGAGUCCAGCGCAGGAGCCCCUACGCUGGGCUCGCCGGCCGGCGAGCCCAGCGCCCCCGGCGCCCCCGGCGACCCGUACACGGCCCGCGACGAGCAGAUCCGCCUGGAGGAGGAGCGGCUGCGCGCGUUCGAGGAGCGCGUGCAGCAGGAGCUGCAGCUGAAGCGGCAGGAGCUUCUGGCGCGGGAGCGGGAGCUGCGCGACAUCGAGGCGCGGCUCGAGCGGGAGGCCGCGGCGGCGGGGGAAGACUAG